AUGUCUCUCAAUCAAUCAGCACGACUCAAGACAUAUCUACGGACAACGUUGGUGGCUAGGGUAGAGGUGGUGAUAUGGCAGAUUUCGUGCGCGGCAGGCCCUGAUGAUCCCGUCAUCCACCCGACGUCUGAUCUGAGGCAUACGGCGACUCGCCAGUCGUCUCGUCAACCUCCCGCACCUGCCGACAAGGUCUCCAUGCAGCGCAGCUGGCCGAAUUCGCAGAAGGCGUGCAACGGUCGAGCAGGUCAUAACGAGCGCGGCGGUCCGAAGGCACACGCUCGGUCUUGCCCCCAGAUUCUCCCUAUUCCGAUGCCUAAGACCACGUACGCGGUCCAGCUCGCAUGCAUGACCAUCAAAGGACUCCAGGCCAUCUGUUACGUUGCCUUGAUCACUCUGAAGCCCGCGAGGCCGACAUGGCGUGAUGCAGCUGCAGGUCAUCUCGGUCUAAUCAGCAACCUCAACCUGCGAGCGACCGGUAAAGAUGUGAUCUUGGGUGCUUCGCGGAUGCCAAUCAUACCUCCGCGGCUCGGUCUCUUUACUACAUUACCACCGAGUGCAGCCAGAUGCCAACCUCUCGACAAUGCUGCGUACCGAUUCUGGACAGCAGUGAACCCAAGGUGUAUACCAACAGGGUUGGAGGCACAACUUACUAGACUGCUCUCCGUCAAGUCGUCCGUCUGA